AUGUCCGGCCGUGGAAAGGGAGGAAAAGGUCUUGGAAAAGGAGGAGCCAAGCGCCAUCGCAAAGUUCUCCGCGAUAACAUCCAAGGAAUCACCAAGCCAGCUAUUCGCCGUCUUGCCCGUCGUGGUGGAGUCAAGCGUAUUUCUGGAUUGAUCUACGAAGAGACCCGUGGAGUGCUCAAGGUUUUCCUUGAGAACGUGAUCCGUGACGCCGUCACCUACUGCGAGCACGCCAAGAGAAAGACCGUCACCGCUAUGGAUGUCGUCUACGCCCUCAAGCUUAUCAACACCGAACCCCAACGGCCCUCUUUAGGGCCACAAUCAUACUCAAUGCCUUAUCUGUAUUAUAAACUUAUCAUCAUUCCGAGGACUACCAUGCGUAUACUUUUGGAUGAGCCUUGGUGGAUGAAAAGCUUGAAUGUGAACAAGGUUUUCCUUGAGAACGUGAUCCGUGACGCCGUCACCUACUGCGAGCACGCCAAGAGAAAGACCGUCACCGCUAUGGAUGUCGUCUACGCCCUCAAGCGUCAAGGCCGCACACUCUACGGAUUCGGAGGAUAA